AUGGCUCCUCAUUCUCCUUCACUGUCCCCGUCCGGACAGGACGAGAUGACGAUGCAGGACUUGUGGGAUAAGUUGAAGGCCGUCGUGCAUUUGGCCUGGUCGCGAACGUCGCGCCGCGUGCGACUCGCUACCGGUUUCUUCCUCUUCCUCAUCACCGCAUUCUACAUCUCGAUCGAUUCGAUAAGAACGGUGGAGGUUCCCCCGAUCCCCAAGGUGCAUCUGGCAUACCCUGAGCCACCACCACCGUCUCCCUACAAUGCGAGCAAAGUGGCCCUGCUCGUUGAGAAUCGACCCAAUCCCAUAUUGGCCCCCCUGAUGCUGCAUUUCAUGUCUGUCGUACCGCCGGAUUGGCGCUUUCGAUUCAUGGGCUCGACGGAAUCCGUCAUUCACAUCAACAAGUCCAUGGCCAUCCGUGAGCAGGUCGCCAACGGCAAGCUCGACCUGACUUAUAUUCCUUCGAAUAUGAGCACGGCAGGUCAGGAGAUGAUCAGCCGCUACAUGACGAACCUUUGGCUCUACGAGACGGUUUUGCAGCCCGCCGAAUGGCUUCUGGUUUUCCAGACCGACAGCAUCCUCUGCGCCAACAGUCGCCAGAACAUUAAUGAUUACCUGGAUUAUGAUUGGAUCGGCGCGCCAUGGAACCCCAACGGCCGGUACGGAGGCAACGGUGGCCUGUCACUGCGCCGCGUCAGUGCCAUGAUCGAGGUACUGCGCGAUCAAUUGCGGGUCGACGGCUCGGAGCCCGAGGAUGUCUGGCUCGCUGAGCGGUUGGCACACCGGCCCGGGUCCAAGAUGGCCAACGGCACUGUGUCCCUGACAUUCAGCGGCGAGAUGUUUUCUGGCUCCGGUACAGCCCUCGACAAAGAAAAGGCCGCCAAGUACAACGGGACUCUGGAAGCUGCCAAACACGGCGCGUACGUCGAGGAGUUGGACGACUGGCGACAAGGCUUCUAUGAGCCCAUGGGCUACCACACAGGUGGCAGCGGCAGUAUGCUUCACGGUGGCAUUUGGGGAACCCCUCAGAUGCGAAAGCACAUCUGGGACUACUGCCCCGAGGUCAAGAUGACGCUACAGAUGGAUGCGGCGCAAUUCGUACCUGGCGAGUGUCACACGAAUUGGAAGAGAAACAUGGACGAAUGGGAGCAUCCCGGUGUCAUGGGACACCCUGGCGCUGUCAGCCUCGGAGACAGCGGGUUCGGCUACGGCACCGAGACGAUUGAUGGGGUCGAAUACCCGAUGUUACCACCAGGUUUGAUGCCUUGGUAG